AUGAACAAAACCAAGUUAAUUGUUGCUAUUACUUGUAUUUUGGGAGUAAUUGCUGUUGUUAUAAACACCAUGGAUAUUGAUGUCACAUUAACUGAGUCUCAAAAGGAUUCAUUUUUAUAGAUGCAUAAUAUAGUAUAUUAUUAUUGAUUAUCCAGAAUACAAAUGAACAGAAAGAAGGGAUGGCUUAUAGAGAAGUUUAUGAUGAUGGAUAGAUUGAAGGUAUGAGAUAUAGAGAAGUUGAAGAAUAAGAAAUUUAAGAAGAAAAUCACAUCGAAGGCAUGGCUUAUAGAGAAGUUUAUGAGGAUGGAUAGAUUGAAGGUAUGAGAUAUAGAGAAAUUGAAGAAUAAGAAAUUUAAGAAGAAAAUCACGUUGAAGGCAUGGCUUAUAGAGAAGUUUAUGAGGAUGGAUAGAUUGAAGGUAUGAGAUAUAGAGAAGUUGAAGAAUAAGAAAUUUAAGAAGAAAAUCACGUUGAAGGCAUGGCUUAUAGAGAAGUUUAUGAGGAUGGAUAGAUUGAAGGUAUGAGAUAUAGAGAAGUUGAAGAAUAAGAAAUUUAAGAAGAAAAUCACGUUGAAGGCAUGGCUUAUAGAGAAGUUUAUGAGGAUGGAUAGAUUGAAGGUAUGAGAUAUAGAGAAGUUGAAGAAUAAGAAAUUUAAGAAGAAAAUCACGUUGAAGGCAUGGCUUAUAGAGAAGUUUAUGAGGAUGGAUAGAUUGAAGGUAUGAGAUAUAGAGAAGUUGAAGAAUAAGAAAUUUAAGAAGAAAAUCACGUUGAAGGCAUGGCUUAUAGAGAAGUUUAUGAGGAUGGAUAGAUUGAAGGUAUGAGAUAUAGAGAAGUUGAAGAAUAAGAAAUUUAAGAAGAAAAUCACGUUGAAGGCAUGGCUUAUAGAGAAGUUUAUGAGGAUGGAUAGAUUGAAGGUAUGAGAUAUAGAGAAGUUGAAGAAUAAGAAAUUUAAGAAGAAAAUCACGUUGAAGGCAUGGCUUAUAGAGAAGUUUAUGAGGAUGGAUAGAUUGAAGGUAUGAGAUAUAGAGAAGUUGAAGAAUAAGAAAUUUAAGAAGAAAAUCACGUUGAAGGCAUGGCUUAUAGAGAAGUUUAUGAGGAUGGAUAGAUUGAAGGUAUGAGAUAUAGAGAAGUUGAAGAAUAAGAAAUUUAAGAAGAAAAUCACGUUGAAGGCAUGGCUUAUAGAGAAGUUUAUGAGGAUGGAUAGAUUGAAGGUAUGAGAUAUAGAGAAGUUGAAGAAUAAGAAAUUUAAGAAGAAAAUCACGUUGAAGGCAUGGCUUAUAGAGAAGUUUAUGAAGAUGGAUAGAUUGAAGGAAUGAGAUAUAGAGAGAUAGAGCCGUAAGAACUAAAUUAAGAGUACGUGAUAUUUUGAUUUCAUUGACUUAAAUUAUUAAUUAGAAUAUAUCAUUUU